AAAUUAUUUUCUCGGAGAACAAACAAAACAAAAGCAAACAAGGAAAGCUCGUGAGAUCGAAGUGACGACAAUGGCAACCAUCAAGGUCAUCAAAGCUCGACAGAUCUUCGACAGCCGUGGAAAUCCCACCGUUGAAGUUGAUGUUACGCUCAGUGAUGGAACUUUUGCGAGGGCUGCUGUCCCAAGUGGCGCUUCAACAGGUAUCUACGAGGCUUUGGAGUUGAGAGAUGGUGGAUCUGACUUCCUUGGGAAAGGUGUCCUCAAGGCGGUGGAAAAUGUGAAUGCAAUCAUUGCACCUGCUUUGAUUGGAAAGGACCCAACAGAGCAGGUUAAGAUCGACAAUUUCAUGGUGCAACAGCUUGAUGGAACAGUUAAUGAAUGGGGUUGGUGCAAGCAAAAGCUUGGAGCAAAUGCUAUAUUGGCAGUGUCACUUGCCGUGUGUAAAGCUGGAGCUAUGGUGAACAAAAUUCCCCUUUACAAGCACAUUGCUAAUCUUGCUGGAAACAAAAAGUUAGUGCUGCCUGUACCUGCAUUCAAUGUUAUCAAUGGAGGUUCUCAUGCUGGCAACAAACUAGCCAUGCAGGAAUUUAUGAUUCUCCCACUUGGGGCAUCUUCUUUCAAGGAAGCUAUGAAGAUGGGUGUAGAAGUAUACCAUCAUUUGAAGUCUGUAAUUAAGAAAAAGUAUGGUCAAGAUGCAACCAAUGUUGGUGAUGAAGGUGGCUUUGCUCCCAAUAUUCAGGAGAACAAGGAAGGCCUUGAACUACUGAAGACAGCUAUUGCAAAAGCUGGAUAUACUGGAAAGGUUGUAAUUGGGAUGGAUGUUGCUGCUUCAGAGUUCUAUGAUAACAAGGAUAAGACCUAUGACUUGAAUUUCAAGGAAGAGAACAAUGAUGGAUCACAAAAAAUAUCUGGAGACAGCUUGAAGAAUGUUUACAAAUCAUUUGUGAAUGAUUACCCAAUUGUUUCAAUUGAAGACCCAUUUGAUCAGGAUGAUUGGGAGCACUAUGCAAAGAUGACAUCUGAAAUUGGCGAGAAAGUUCAGAUUGUUGGUGAUGAUCUCCUUGUUACAAAUCCUAAGCGUGUGGAGAAAGCAAUCAAGGAGAAGGCUUGCAAUGCCCUUCUAUUGAAGGUGAAUCAAAUCGGUUCAGUAACUGAGAGCAUUGAAGCUGUGAAAAUGUCUAAACGAGCUGGCUGGGGUGUUAUGGCAAGUCACCGAAGUGGUGAAACUGAGGAUACUUUCAUUGCAGACCUUUCAGUUGGUUUGGCCACGGGCCAGAUCAAGACUGGAGCUCCUUGCAGGUCAGAACGCCUUGCCAAAUAUAACCAGCUUCUUAGGAUCGAAGAAGAGCUUGGAUCUGCAGCUGUGUAUGCAGGAGCAAAAUUCCGAGCACCAGUGGAACCUUACUAAAAUAUGACGCAGUCACCAAGCAAGUAUCUAAAUAAAUAAAGGAUAUAAUUUUGCAGUAAUCAAUAGUGUGUUUUUUCACCGGUAGAGAGAGAAGUUUGAACCUUUGAGAAGUAAGACAUAAUCUUCCCAGUAGUUGCGGAGGAUGCUUUCGAGCUGUUUUUACCCCCCUUGAUGUUUUGAGAUCGACUCCUUGUGUUUUGAAUAUAUUAUGAUGUGGUAUUUUCCUGAGGUGGUUCUAGGUUUUAUAAUGCAAUGAUUUUGUUGCCUUCA